CCCAUGUCUCAUCCUGGGACUCGACUUGUAUGUGUGCCCGUGAAAUUUCCUCCCGUCCUGAGAUGGGUGGCUCAGGGCACUGCUGCAGUCCGAGCCAGGAAGGUGCCACAGGCGGUGAACGCACCGUGUCAGAGGGCAAGCGCGUGCCGCGGGCCCAGCCGUGCGGCGGAGACUGGUGGCCCUCUACCGCAGCUGCCGGGCACCCUGGCUGGGGCUUGGCCCAGCGCCCGAGAGCGGCCGAGUAGGCCUGCCACAGUGCGGGGUCUGGAGCUACGGCAGGUUCGCGCCAUGACGACUUUGUGCGCUGGAAUCUGACACCGCUUCGGGGGUCGUUCAGCCUUCAACGAUCGCGACUUUCCGACAGCGCAGAUCUUUCGCCGUCGGCCGGUUCAGGGCACCGGCGGCGCUGAAGCUUGGACGCCCGCGCUAAGGUCACCGCCGCGUCGAUGCGACACGAGCUGCUGCACGGCGGCAUGCCCCGACGGCGCCUCUGGCGCCGCCCCACCUCGAAAGCCCGCCCUCCAGGUGCUCGGGGCUGCGCCCGCCGAGGUGGAAAAAGGAGCGGGCGAGACUUUCGAGGCGGAGAACUGGGGUGGGGGAGGCGAGGUGGGCCUGGAGGAGAGGCGGAGGCGGAGGGACCGGGCGUCUCCCGCGGGCGAGAGGGGGGGCAGAGGCGAACUCAACGGCAGCGAGGACGGGGAGGGCAAACAGAAAGGCGCAAGCGGACGGGGCUCGCGCUUGUUGAAACGCGCCGCGAGUGGGUCCGCCUCGUGGAAAAUCGCAGCAUGGUUCGGGGGGCGCUGGCGAAAGGGCGAGAGGCCCCGUGGGAAUCAGGAAGAUGGGGAGAACGGAUGGAGGGGACGUGGGAAACCCGAACGUCCUCUGCGCGCUGCGAGGGGACUACGGGCCCAAACUGCCUCAGUGCGGAACUGCUGGGGCUGACCCCAUGGGUGCUUUCGCCCCGGGAGCUAGAACAACUUUGGCGGAUGAGGAGGACAAAGGGACACUUGAAGAGGAGCAAGAGGAGGAGGAGGAGGAGAAGGAGCAGGAGGAAGAGGCGGCACAACAAUAGUGGCGCGCGGGAUGCUGAGUAGCAGCUCGGCGGUGCCAAGGCCGCCGCGCAGGGCGGCCAACCCGCCAGGGAAACCUGGGCGCGGCAGAGGCCGUGCGCCAGCGCUCCCCGCCAGCGCCCCAGCUGGUGUAUGUCGCCGCGCCGUUUGUUCUCGACGCGCCCGAGUGGACGGCGCCGACACUACGGCAAACCCGCGGUAAACGACGCGGCGACAUUUGCAUAUGUGUGCUAACUGUACAGAGCCCGCUGUGUGCAUCAGCAGUAGUGGGCCUCUCUCCUCAGUGCUCGCGGCGCCAUGCGCUCAAGCACGCCCGAUGUACUCAUGCCAAGUGCUCUGGCAACGGCCUCGCCUGUACUCGACAAUACCCAAUGAGAUGAAGUGUGCUGCGAUGUCAACCAACUGCGGCGUCCCAAACUAUCCAGAGGCAUGUGCGAGCAACCAACAACCGUCGACUGGGCUGUGCUGUGAGGCAAGAGGGCAGCGCACCGGGGCGUCAGAAACCCUCGAAGAGCUGCUGCUCCGCUGCGGUGAGGCCUUUCGGCUCGUCGCAGCUGAUGCCCAUCUCUGGGUAGCUGUCAAAAUUGCUGGUGUCGCUAUCGCUAUUCACUCUGGGUAGAAACGGCGGCGCACAUCGUCUUUCAAUGACCAUGCUCCAAUCCAGUGAAGCAAGCCACGGGUGGCUCUUUACAUCCUCGGUGCCGUUCAGGCCGCUGCCCAGGCGGUACGACUUGUUCUUGAUCAGGAGCUUGUCCACCAUGGCUCGGGCGUCCUUCGUGAAGUAAGGAGGGUACUUCAACUGGCGGCUGAGCACAUCCUUGCAAACCUCCUUGAAAUUGGAGCCCUUGAAUGGUGCCUGACCUGACAAGAGCUCGUAGAUGAGAACACCCAUGGCCCACCAGUCUACCCCCGUAUCAUGGCCCUGCAUGGUGAUGAUCUCUGGUGCCAUGUAGUCAGGGGUUCCGCACUGCGUGUAGGCUCGGGUUGUGAUGCGCUUUGCGAAUCCGAAGUCAAUUAACUUCACGUGGCCUUGGGAAUCGAUUAGAACAUUCUCCAACUUCAGGUCGCGAUAGGCUACCCGCCAGUGUGCCCUCGGGACGUUGAGGCGUAUUAGAACCGCUGCGAGGUGUGUAGAAAGAGAUCGGUCGAUUUCUAAGGACUCCCCCCUUUUAGCGAGGUGUUUGGGACUCCGCCCUUGUAGCUUCGCUCCUCCGAUGUUUCCUCAACAUCCUCAAGCUGGUUCUACCGAGCCUGCCUGUGUGAUAUCGGUCACACAACCCUGCAUGCCUUUCAAUGCUUCGCUGGCACGGUGGGGGGGUUUGUCGCAGGCAUCUGGAUGUUAUGGCUGUGACAAUGGCCGAGCGCCAAGGUGACCUCAGCGGCAUAGAACCUUGCUCCAUCAUUCCGAAAUUUCUUGCCACCCCGGACGGUCGAAAAGAGCUCGCCACCAUUGACAAACUCCAUGACCAUGUAAAGCCUCGUGGUGUCCUGGAACGUGGCCAGCAGCUUGACGAUGAAAGGAUGGUCGACCUGGUUGAGCAGCUGCUUCUCCUGCAUCACAUGCGACACCUGCUUCUUCUUCACGACCACGUUUUUUUGCAUGAUCUUGAGCGCAAGGGGCAUGGUAUCACUGCCACUGGCAAGCUUGACGAGACGGACCGACCCCAAGAAACCAACGCCCACGGUCUUUAUCAUCUCGAAAUCGCCGAGCCCCCAACUGCUGGACGCGGCCUCUGGCCGCGACGCUGUGGCUGCGAGACGCGCCCGCCGGCCUCGGGCCGCGACCUCGAGCUCGGUGGGAUCACUGGGUAGCAGCCGGGAGCCGUUGUGCGAGGAGGCAGCGCUCGUGGGGCUCAGAGCCGAGCUGCAGCUCGAAGUGCCAGCAGAGCCACUGCCACUGCAGCUGGGGCCCUGGUCUUCCCAACCGCUGCUGAGCUUGGUGCUGGCCUGGGAGUGGGCGUCAUCGUCUUCGCCCUUCUCCUUCGGAUUUGUCUCUGCGGGCAUGCCUGAGGUCUUCGAAGUAUAACAUCCGAGCAGGUAGCUGAGCACUUCCAUCGCACACCUCAUGGCGAGAUGUGUCGGCGCGCCCGUCGUGCAGUGCGCGGCCGCGAGCGCUCGGGCAAGGACAUGUCU